UAACUGUGACCUCCUAUGCAUACAGCAGACAGAGCCAAGAUAGUGGAAGAACACGGACCAAGCUAACUAUGGAGGAGCUGAAAGCAUUUGUCCAACAGUUAUUCAGCUUGCCCUGUGUUAUCAGCCAGGCCCGACAAGUAAAGAAUCUGCUUGAUGAUGUUGAAGAAUUUCAUGAGCGUGCUCAGGAAGCUAUGAUGGAUGAGAUCCCAGACUCCUCCAAGCUGCAGGAGUUGAUAGACAUGGGCUCUGGCCUCUAUGUAGAGCUUCCUGAACUGCCGAGGCUGAAGCAAGAACUGCAGCAAGCACGUUGGUUGGAUGAGGUGAGAUCCACCCUCUUGGAUCCUCAGAGGGUCACCUUAGAUAUGAUGAAGAAGCUGAUCGACUCGGGUGUUGGCUUGGCGCCACAUCAUGCUGUAGAGAAGGCCAUGGCUGAGCUGCAGGAACUGCUUACAGUGUCGGAGAGGUGGGAGGAGAAGGCCAAGGUCUGCCUGCAGGCACGACCACGCCAAAGCAUGAUGGCUCUGGAGGGCAUCGUGAAUGAAGCAAGGAACAUCCCAGCUUACCUGCCCAAUGUGCUGGCACUGAAAGAAGCCCUGCAGCGGGCUAGAGACUGGACAGCCAAAGUGGAGGCCAUUCAGAAUGGUAGCAACUAUGCCUAUCUGGAGCAACUGGAGAGCUUGUCUGCCAAAGGCCGCCCAAUACCCGUGCGUCUCGAUGCCCUGCCGCAGCUGGAGUCGCAGGUGGCAGCAGCGCGGGCCUGGAGGGAGCGCACGGGAAGGACUUUCCUGAAGAAGAAUUCAAGCUACAGCCUUUUACAGGUUCUGAGCCCUCGGACCGAUAUCGGUGUUUACGGGAGCAGUAAGAACAGACGGAAGAGAGCAAAGGAGUUGCUGGAGAAGGAAAAGGAGAAAGAUCUUGACUUGGAAUCCCUAAGUGAACUGGAGGAUGGGCUGGAGGAGGCCAGAGACACUGCAGCUGUGGUGGCUAUAUUCAAGGAGCGAGAACAGAAGGAGAUCGAAGCCAUGCACGCCCUCAGGGCAGCUAACCUGGCCAAGAUGACCAUGGUGGAUCGUAUUGAAGAAGUCAAAUUCUGUGUCUGCCGCAAAACAGCUAGCGGAUUCAUGCUGCAGUGUGAGCUGUGCAAGGACUGGUUUCAUAGUGGCUGUGUGCCUCUCCCCAAAACAAGUUCUCAAAAGAAGGGCUCUAGUUGGCAGGCCAAAGAAGUGAAGUUUCUGUGUCCGCUCUGCAUGCGUUCCCGAAGGCCCCGGCUGGAGACCAUACUGUCCCUCCUAGUGUCUCUGCAGAAGCUGCCCGUGCGGCUGCGGGAGCGGGAGGCUUUGCAGUGCUUGACAGAACGUGCCAUGAGUUGGCAGGACCGAGCACGGCAGGCUUUGGCCACCGAUGAGUUAUCCUCUGCUUUGGCUAAGCUUUCUGUGCUCAGCCAGCGAAUGGUGGAGCAGGCAGCACGGGAGAAAACGGAGAAGAUAAUCAGUGCAGAGCUGCAGAAAGCAGCUGCUAACCCAGACCUACAGGGACACUUAACUAGUUUCCAGCAAUCAGCCUUUAACAGAGUGAUAGGGAGUGUGUCCUCAUCCCCGCGACAGACCUUGGAUUAUGAUGAUGAAGAGACAGAUUCUGAUGAAGACAUCAGGGAGACAUAUGGCUAUGAAAUAAAG